UAAGUAAGAAAAUGGAAAAUAAAAGCAUAGGAACAUCUUGAAAACAUGCUUGAAAGUUACAGAAAAAUCUAGAUUUUGAGAAAAAAAACUAAAAAAAAAAAAAAAGAUACUGGAGGCUUGGCAAUGCAACCAUUGUUGAGGCAUUUGAGGCUUUAUCUGGGGACCCAUGAGACUCAGAAAAAUGCAACAUAUAGAAAAUCAUGUAAAUACUUUGACUUGGGUGAAACUCAUCCAGCGUUAGCGCUCUAGAGUUAACACAUCAUUUACACAGAUGUUUGUAAAUGUGUGGUCAUUGGUGUGUACUUUUGAAUGAUUUGUGAGUUUCAAGCUGCUGUAAUUUUAAGUCGUUCGAGUGUAAAUUGUAGGGUUUUUUUGUAUUUUAUAUGUUUUUUAAGUUUAUGUGAAUACAGAAUUGCAAAAACUCACAGUUAUUAGUAAAAGUUACAAAUCUAGAUUUACGCACAAAUUCUGAGACUAUUUUCUCUCCAUAAAUCUCUUUUCUUCAUCAGGGUCUGAAAGCGCUUUUCUUUUUGUUCUUUCCCGCUUUCCGUACUGGUGUUUCCAUAGUGACAGUAAACCUUCAGUCAUAACGUUAUUUUCUCUGAGAAAUGUCUCAUCGAGCCCUGGAGGAGCACGAGGAGGUCACCGUGUUCUCCGGCUCCUCUGCGGCCGACGCCUCCCACGCCAGGCGGCUCUGGAGCUCCGCGUCCCUCCCGCCGCCGCUGGAGCUCCGCCCGGCGGCGGCCGACGUCCGUCAGAGGCUGCCGGUGUCCCGCCCGCGGCGCAGCGGCCCCGCCGCCGCUCCCGGAGCCGCGGAGAGGCCGCAGAGCGCCGCUGCUGUCCGGCGGAGGCAGGAGGAGAGGAGGCGGUACGAGGAGGCGGCCGUCCGGAGGAGCCAGAUCCUGGAUCUGCUGAGGAGGCAGAGGGAGCGGAGGAUGCAGAAGGAGGUGCAGGUCUGGAGGGAGAGAAGGUCCAGUCCCAGAGAAGAGGAGGAGGAGGAGGAGGAGCUGGUCAGACAGCUUCAGUAGAGAAGAAAACAUCAAGUUUAAACAUGGACGAAGCUGCAGCGACAAUAUUUAAAAUCCUGCGAAUCUGAACCAAAACAAAUGAAGAUGUAAAAACAGAAAACUGUCACUGAAACAUCCCAAACCUCAGAGAACAUCAGUCAGAAAUGUUUCUUAUUUCUCUCUACUCAAACAUCUGUCACAAAUGUCAGAAAUCUUAUUUAACACAAAACAAACUUGGAAAACCACAAAAACUGGAGGAUAUUUUGUUUCAAAUGCUGAUUUAUUAAACAAAGAAAACCCAAA